AUGUCGGGUAGUCUGCGGUCCGGGCGUUACUGUCAUACGCACGAUACAUGUAUUGAGGAAUGCAUGGUGAUGACCGUUUCUGGGGUUCACCCCAGGCUUGGUACAGUCAUUGACGAAGAAAACGAAGUAUGUCCCAACCUCUUCACAGAGACGGAGAUGCAGUCGCAAAGCCUGCAGGUACGUGCGGCACGCUCAUGGUCGCUUGGCCUAUUAACCUUUAGCUCUCAACAUCCCAACCUAAAGCGGAUGAGGAACUGGUGCAAUCGCUGGGGGAGGGUGGUCCGCGCGAGGUGGUGCCCCCAUCCAAUGGUAACGACACGCCUUGACCCCGGUGGCCCUGGUGGGGAACCCCUUGGCUUCACCCAAGGUGUUCGUGUUCUCACACAUCCAACAUGCAUCAAGCCUCUUCACAAAAUCCCUCAGGAUGCAUCCCACCGGCAACUUGAGGGUAGCAUAAUGCGCCACCAGAUCAUCCACAUGCAAACCAGCCUGAGGGCCUAA